GUUUUUCCUACUACUUUGUCAUCAGAUUCUUACGGCAACUCGGUUAUGUUCGAUGUUAAGAAUGCUGUAUUCCAGCUUCCUAUAUAUCCCGAUGGUGACAAGGAACCCUCGUAUAAGUUCGUUACGCAAGAUCCAUUACCUCUUCAGAAAGAGAUCUCUACACUACGGAAAGCAUACGCUGCUGAAUAUCAAAGGAUUUCGGAGCAAUUCGAAAUUGUUGAUAAGACUCUUAUAGUUCAUAAACAUUCAGAAACAAAGUCGUAUGUGGAGACUGAGUGGACAGUGCUACCCAAAGCAGCCGCAAUUACGGUCGGUGGCAUGGCAGGGUUUGUCCUGGGACUGAAAAGGGGCUAUAUCGGUCGUGCGCUGUAUACCGCUUUUGGUCUUGCUACUAUGGGUGCUUUUUGUUAUCCUUAUGAGACAGUUGACUUAGUUCGUGAAGGAAUUCGCUAUUCGGGACGUGCAUGGGAGCAAUUCCAAAACCCCAAAGUCUCCUUUAGGUUGUCGCCACCCUUAUGGAUCAGAGGGAGAUUUAGCACCACACAACUAAUUUGGUACCAAGACGGUGGUGGAUCUUGGUACUGGUUUACUCUUAGCUGGGCUUUCUAG